GGCCGGGGGGAGCAGCGAGGCCGGGAGCGGGGUAGGCUGCGCCCGUACUUAAGCGGGCUGCCCGAGCCGCUGACGUCUUUCGAAUUGGAGACGAGCUGCCCCCCUCCCGUCCCGGGCUCCCGCGGACACGGCCGGGGACCGAGUGUGUACUGUGGAGUGAUUUCUUUGAAUCAAGUUGGCAAUCCAGGCAGGAGACUGUCCAUUCGGCUGUGAGACCUUCUGGGGCCAGGGACCCUCAGGGUGCCCCUGGAGAAUUCUCCAGAGAGACUUUCUCGUUUCCAUUGGAUCAUCACAGGAACGGACAAGACCCUGAGACAGACUUAAAAGAUGCUUUCUUCUGCCUGCCCUUGGAUCCAGAAAGCCAAAGGUUAUUUGCUUUUGAAUGGGAAAAUCUUGAGUCAGGUUGGAAAUCCCAACUCACCUGGACCGUGUUACCCCAGGGCUUCAAAAAUAGCCCAACAUUAUCUGGAAACCAACUGUCAAAUUACCUUGAGGACUGGAUGGCACCCACUGGGGAAGGAGUUUUGCUCCAAUAUGUAGAUGAGCUGUUGAUAGCCACCAAAAUCUUAAACAGCUGUAGGGAAUGGGAUAGUAAGCCUGUUAAAUUUCCUCGAACUUAAAGGAUAUAAGAUACUCAGAAAGAGGCACAAAUAACGAAUCAAGAAGUCACCUACCUGGUCUAUGAGGUCUCAGGGGACAGCGGAAAUUAGAACAAGAAUGCAAAGAAACAAAUUACCAAACUCCUCAGCCCAGGACAUCUAAGGAACUUUGGAUGUUUCUCAGGAUGACAGCCAAGGUACAAGUGUCUGUCCAGAAUGUCCAGGCAUGCGCAACUUAGAGACCAUGAUGUAAAUCCAUGUAUAGUGGAAACAGAUGCCUCUAAUAAAUGCAUGGAUGACAACAACUAUAAUAAGGAUAAGUGUACUGCUUAUUUCUUGAAGUACAGAAACUGCAGAAAAUUCUGGCAUGCCGUUAUGAUGCAAAGGAGAAGAAAUGGAGUGAAACCAGAGAUGCCUUCAGCAGAAGAGAGAAAGAAAAUGUUGGAAUCGAUGGGGAAGCCCUACUGACUAGAAACUUGGGUUGCUUGACUUGUUUUCACCAUACAUAUGAAGAUUUACCGGCAGCAAGUUUAUCUUUCAUGAACUGGAGUUUACAGUUGCCAUAUCUUGGAUUAAAAUAAGCUCCUAAAUUUGGAAAUGUGUGAGCUUUCUAGGAUAAAACUUCUUGGUUUUAUUCAUACUCCCUGUCUUGGGAACUUGGCCUCUCACUGGAAGACACAGUAUUGACACAAAUUAUGUCUAGGUACUUUGGAAGUAGAAACUAACUUGCUCUGAAAUGCUAAAUAUAAAAUUAACGGGACUCACAGAAAAUCUGUUUGAAAGGAGAGAACUGGUGAGUGUUGCUGUGUAGUUCUAACAAUGGAGCAGGUUAAGAGACUGGUAUGUGCAACGUGUUGCUGGUAUCCAGCUAUUCUGCCUAGUAAUGUGUAUUUACUGUGUGUGAUCUUACCGCUGUUUUCACAAGUUGUAUUCUGUGUUCCCAGUUUAAUAAGACCAUUCAUGAACUAAAAUCCCAAAUCCAACAAGCUUGUCAUUAAGUCUGCCACUGCAGUCAUCAGUGAGAGCAGAAGCUUGCAAUAAAUCAGGUUUGCUUGUU